AUGUCCUUCAGAACCCAAGAGCGUGUCAUAAACCCAAGAGAAAAAGAAACACUGUUUCCCAAGAUCACAGGCAAGCACGUCGACUUCCUUCAUCAGCUUCGACGGCUCAAAGAACGGAAUAAGCUUCCUCGGAUACUCAAUAUAGAGGGGACUGUCAAACUGCACGGAAUGCAUGCGGAUAUCUUGUUCGAUUUAAACGAUACAGCGACUUCGAACGACCGAGCACCACUUUCUGUGCGCUUUCAGUCGCGUAACCGGUUGUGCACUCCGGACGAGGAUCAGCAAGGAUGGCCUAGAGAAGUGGCACAGUAUCCGGGUGCCCUCGCCUUCAUCAGAGAUUGGGCUCUCGAUACAUUCCGCCAGCAUAAUCCAACUACCUCGAUCGACACCACUUGCCCGAUGAUAAUAGCCGGAGAAUGGAUUGGAGAGAGAGUACAACGCGAUGUAGGUAUUGCACAGCUCUCGAAAAGAUUCGUUGUCCUCUCUGCGUCUGUGAAUGGUGUGUGGCAACAGGAUGCUCAGUACAAAGACUUGCAAGCAGUGAAUGCUGGUAUUCACAACAUCUUCAUCUGUGGGAGUCUUGGUGUCAAGUUCGAUACCGCCGACCUGAGCGAAUCAAAUCCUGCCUUACUUGAAAUGCAAAUGCAUGCUGAUAUGGUUGAGACAUCCUGCCCUUUCGCAGCCAAGUUUGGCGUUUUAGACUCUGGUGGAGAAGGUAUCGUGUGGAAGCCUGGUGUACCGGAAGGCCGAGCGGACCCGAAAUGCUGGCUGAAAACGAAGGGGCCUAUCCAUGGUAAAGAGAAUCGAAUCGACCCUCGGAACAUCGCCAAAGAACAAGAGAUAGAACUAAAUGUGGACCAAAUCGUACAGAGAUGGGUGACACCUCGAAGAGUUAAGCAGGGGUUUGAGUACUUGCUGGAGAUGAACAUGUACCCUACACAAGCGAGUCUGAAAGAGUACAUGAACUGGAUGGUGCAUGAUAUUGUGGUGGAGGAGAAAGAUGAGAUCAUGGAGCUGAAGAGAAGAUGGCCAGAUAUAGAGAAGAUUGUGAAGAGCAAAGUUAUGCAUGCAGCAAGGGAGGCCUAUAUGAAAGAACUGGAUAUCAGUGGUGAGGAAUUGGGCUGGGCAGCUUGGUACCAUCGUUCAAGAAGGAACGGAGAGCCCUUCAAGGUCGUGGAAUGA